GUCUGAAAAAAGUGAGGAGUUGACAGGCUAGUGUAUAUAGAAGUCUGUGGUAGAAACUGGCAUUGCUUGAUCAUUGUGAGGGGCUUAAAGAUUAAAAACAAUGUCUAAAUAUUAAUAUAUGAAUGCUUUGUUCUUUCAAAAUGUAUCGACGAGGUUUUAGGGGCAUGUCCAGCUCCUACCCACAACGUGAUAGAGACGUACAAUCGAUCUGGAGAAACAAUCAGCAAGGACUAGAACAAACACAAUCUACAUCUGGAAAUGGAGGAACUUACUCACAAGCACGAAGACCUCCUGGACUAAGGGGAAAAGAAAUAGGAAUGUAUUAUAGAAACAAAAAUAGAGAGAGACAGAAAAAAAAGGAUUCAGAAGUUCUUAAAUUGUCAUUUCAUAUACAGCAAUCAAUUAAGGCUAUGUUAAAUAACGCAGAAAAAUAUUACAAUCCAGUUUUCUGUACAAAUUUUGAAUCCGAGCAAGGCAACAAGUAUCAUCAAUUUCAUGACACCCAAUUUAAAAGAAAGUUUUUGGAAAUUAUACACGGUAAUAUACAACAAAGUCUUGCCAAAGCUAUGAAUGUAACUUCAAAGUUGCAAAGAAACAGUGAUAUAGACAGAAUAUUACAAAAUGAUUACAGACAAAAGCAUGAUCAAGAUGCUUAUAAUAACAUGUUGAAGUUUCGAUUAAAGUUACCAGCAUAUAAAAAAAGGUCAGAAAUAUUACAAUUGAUUGAAGAUAAUCAAGUUGUUGUUAUUAGUGGAGAAACUGGAUGUGGUAAAACCACACAGAUUGCACAAUUUAUAUUGGACGAUGAAUUAGAAACUGGAAAUGGCAGCGUUACUCGAAUAAUUUGCACACAGCCUAGAAGGAUUUCAGCCAUUUCUGUUGCUGAACGUGUAGCUAUGGAAAGAGCAGAAAAUCUUGGAAAUUCUGUUGGCUAUCAGAUACGACUUGAAAAACAUCUAUCACGAGAUCAUGGAAGUAUAUUAUUUUGUACUACUGGUAUAUUACUACAAAUUAUGAAACAUGAUCCAGCAUUAAAAGGUUUCUCUCAUGUGAUACUGGAUGAAAUUCACGAACGUACUACGGAAAGUGAUUUCGUUAUUACAUUAUUAAAACAAGUUAUUCCGAAAAGAAUAGACUUAAAAGUUCUCUUAAUGAGUGCAACAUUGAAUGCUGAAAGCUUUUCGAAAUAUUAUGACAAUUGUCCUAUGAUACAUAUACCGGGAUUUACUUAUCCUGUGGAGGAAUUUUAUUUAGAAGAUGUUUUGUCAUUUGUACAUCAUAAAUUUCCCGAAGCACCAUCUGAAAAACCACUUAAAGGUUACAGAAAACACCUAAAAAGGUAUAAAGAGCAACAAUGUAAGAAAGAAGAAUUUUUAGACAUAUUACAACCUUAUGUUAGACAACUUAUGGCUGAGAAAAAAUACGAAACACAUGUUAUUGAUCAAUUACGGAAUCCAAAUAGCGAAAAUCUUUCAUUGGAGCUCAUAGAAAAAUUAGUUAGAUACAUCUGUAAUACAAAAGGUCCUGGAGCUAUUCUUAUUUUUUUACCUGGUAUGAUGGAUAUAUCGAACUUAAAUAAAAUGAUGUUAGAGUCCGGAUGUUAUCCAAGUCAUGCGUACAUCAUCUAUCCUCUUCAUUCACGUAUGCCAACAGUUGAUCAGAAACUUAUAUUUAAAGAACCACCUCAUGGCGUUCGUAAAAUAAUUAUUGCGACUUCAAUCGCUGAAACAUCAAUUACUAUAGAAGAUGUUGUGUACGUAAUAGAUUGCGGGAAAAUAAAAUAUUCAAAAUUUGAUCUAAAUAAGAAUAUUCAGACUUUAGAGCCUGAGUGGGUAUCUUUAUCUAACGCCAAGCAAAGACGCGGUAGAGCUGGCAGGGUAAAAAGUGGAGAAUGUUAUCAUAUGUAUACAAAAGCACGAGAAAUGACAUUUGAUCACUAUCCGUUGCCAGAAAUGCUAAGAACACGCUUAGAAGAGGUAAUUUUGCAAAUAAAAAUCUUGCAAUUAGGAAGAGCCAAAGAGUUCCUAUCUACCGUCAUGGAUCCGCCAGAUUUGAAAGCUAUUGAUCUGUCUCUCGAUUUACUUGAGACACUUAAUGCCCUCGAUAAAGACGAGACUUUGACUCCUUUGGGUUAUCAUUUAGCACAUUUGCCACUUGAUCCUAGAACAGGGAAAAUGAUUUUGUGGGGUGCAUUGUUCUCUUGUGUUGAUCCAAUAUUUGCUAUUGCUGCAAGUCUCACAUUUAAAGACGCUUUCUAUUGUCCAUUAGGACAAGAGGAAAUGGCUAAUAAAAAAAAGUUAGAGCUCAGUAUGGAACAGUGUAGUGAUCAUAUUGCUCUUGCGGAAGCUCUAAGAAGAUAUGAAGUUGCACGUCAAAGAGGAAAUGCUCGCCAGUUUUGUCGAGAGUAUUUCCUCUCUUUUAAUACAUUGAAACUUCUCUCCGAAAUGAAAGCUCAAUUUGCACAGUAUUUAUGUGAGAUGAAAUUUCUGGAUAGUGAAAACCCAAACCAUAUAGGCUCUAACAGAAAUUCGAAUAACAUAGCGUUGAUAAAAGCUAUUGUCUGUGCAGGAUUAUAUCCUAACAUCGCUGUUGUAAGACGAGUUUCUAAAAAUGGGGUGCUUAGUUGGACACCGGAAGACGGUAGUGUGCGUAUACAUCCAUCGAGCGUAAACAAUAGAGUUUCCAGCUUUCCUAGUUGCUACUUAACAUAUUUCACAAAACAACGGUCCACCGCCAUAUUUUUGCAUGAUACUACAUGUAUAAGUGUACCAAUUUUAUUAUUUGCUGGACCAAAUAUGUCGAUAAAACGGGAAAAAGGACAAUAUAUAAUUAGCAUCAAUUUUUCGGAAAACAUAAUUUGCGAACAAAAAUCCGCAGAAUUGAUACAGGAACUUCAACAAGCUCUAAAUGGUUUAUUGGAAUAUAAAGUUACAAAUCCGGCAACAGUAUCUUGGUCAACCUUUGAAGGAGACUUAUUAAAUGCAAUUAUUGAACUAGUCUCUCAAACAGAUCAAGAAAUUGGUUUUGAUAGUACGCGCGAAAAUGCAAGUUAUGAAGAUUCCACUUAUGAUAUCGGUUAAUUGCAUGUAUUUAUUAAUUGUAAAUGUCGAUUUAUUUAAUCUCUUUGACACGAUCGAAAAAAAAAAAAU